GACAUCUCAACAUGCUCGACUUGUUGCAUAUAACAAGUAUUUCCUUAUAAUAAUAAUUAUUACAUGAUUUUUAUGUUGACGUAGGAACAUCUCAGGCAUUAUACGGUAUGGAUAGAUUCAAAAUUCCUCUGCCUCAGAGAGUGAGAAUAUCAAGAAUCAUCACAAAAAACUUGGAUUAUGGAAGAGUUGGAUCAUCAUAUUCAUAUGACAACAGUCAUGAUGCUGGUUAUCCCAAACCACAGUGUCCUUUUAGACUGGUAUACACAGCUGUAGCCACUGGCUGUGUGGUAGGACUUGCGCUUUUACUCUGCUUCUCCAUCAUUGAGAAAGUGAAGCACGAGGGGCAAAUGAUGAAGCAUCCUAGUGAUCACAGGGCAGCAGUUAUACACGGACGUAGAAACACAACCGAGCAAAGCAGGAUCGAGCUUGUAGAGAGCAUCCCUGUUGACAUGGAGUACGGUCCAAAUGUCACCUUCGGAACUCCACUGUACAAGUCAUGGAAGGCCCUCCUCUCCAUGGCAACCAGGCGUGUGGAGGUGGCCUCCUUCUACUGGUCUCUCACUGGUGAAGACAUCGGGGUGAACUCCUCAACUGAUAAUCCAGGCAAAGACAUUUUGAAAGAUUUGAAAAGCCUGCCUGCAAGAAACAUCUCUGUCCGCGUUGUGGCCAGCUUGACGUGUGUGGCAAGAAACUCAACUGACCUAAAGGAGCUGGAACAACAUGGGGUCCAUGUGAGGAAAGUUAACUUCAAACGGCUGACCAAAGGUGUUCUUCAUAGUAAAUUUUGGAUAGUGGACAAAAGGCACAUAUAUAUUGGAAGUGCCAAUAUGGAUUGGAGGUCUCUAACACAAGUGAAGGAAAUCGGGGUGAUCAUUUACAACUGCCCUCGGCUGGCACGUGACCUGAUGAAGAUCUUUGAGUCCUACUGGAUGAUGGGGGCUGAGAACUCCUCCAUCCCAGACCCCUGGCCCGCGACCUUUGACACCACUAUUAACCAUGACCACCCCCUACUGGUCAACAUCAGUGGUGUUCCCAGCUCAGUCUUCAUCGCUGCCUCUCCACCUCCCUUCUGCCCAGAAUCACGCUCCAAGGACUUGGACGCUAUCUUGCUGGCCAUCAGAGAAGCAAGCCAAUUUGUAUAUGUAGCCGUCAUGGACUACUUUCCUGCCACUAUGUUCACAUAUCCCCCUAGGUAUUGGCCAGAUAUUGAUGAUGAGUUAAGGGAAGCAGCAUUUGGCCGCCUGGUGACCAUCCGUCUCCUUGUCAGCUGUGGCCGGUACACCAACCCCUCCAUGCUCCCCUUCCUCCAGUCUCUGGAUGCCCUGCACUACCCCAAACGCCACGUCAAUGUGGAAGUGAAAGCCUUCAUCGUGCCUGUUGGGAAUCACUCUCACAUACCGUAUACUAGACUGAAUCACAACAAGUACAUGGUAACUGAUAAGACUGCAUAUAUUGGAACCUCUAACUGGUCAGAAGAAUACUUCAGCACCACUGGCGGUGUUGGCCUGGUGAUCUCCCAAGAUGAUAAGGAAGGCUCACCUGCCGCCGGGUCACUCCAACAACAGCUCAGGGAGUUGUUUCUUCGAGAUUGGGACUCUCCGUUUGCUGUGUCUCUGAAUGAACUGCACAACUAUACCGACUGCAGCAUGUCUCGCGACUAUUGAGGGAAACAGUGCUGUUUAAGAGACUGUUCUCUGUUGUUUUAAUAGCAUGUUUUAUGCAUUUCUUAGGGUCAAUUUGCGAGUGACGUGCCUUCUUUAUUACCUUGCCUCCUCUACAGAGACUAUUGUUUUAACAGGGCCGGUUUAUUUGGCUAUUGUAUUUCAUACAGAGGUGCAGCAUGUGCUUUGUACAAGUAAAGUAGCAUUUAGACAUGAAAUAAUAAUAAUAAUAUAAAAAUAACAAUAAAAAUGAAUUUAAUUCAAGUCAUAAGCAAGAUUUAGGUAACUAGACUACUUUCGUUUCCGAGCUUGAAAAAUGUUCCGUGCUUUUCACAAUAACUUCUUGAGUUUCCAAUUAAAUGUGGGGGAAUAGGGAAAUUAAAGGUGCACUGUGUAAUAUUUUCAGCAGUUUCUUCAAAGAAUUCAUGCCGCCCAUUCACAAAUGCUACCUUUUUCAAGAAUACCAUCACCAUCAAAUUCGAAAUCAAAGUCUUCAUUAAUUUUGAGGGGUCUAAUGUUUUUCUUCUCACUCAUCUUCCUUGUUUAUUUUAUUUAUUUAUUUCUUCUUAGCCAUGGGCACACAAUACACAAAGAAAAUAGCCACUGCAAUACAGCAGCAUGCAAUUGCUCACUGAAAGGAAGGCCAUGUCUCUGACCGUCCUUUGAGUUGUGGAUAUGCUUUGAUUGAUGCCAUGCCAAAGAGCUCAUGGUUCUGUGAGCAGAGAGCAUGGCAACAUUGUUGACAUUGGAGGAAUGCAAAAUCCUGGACAGAAUAUAAGGUUUUAGCCUUCAGAUAAGAUGAAGCAGAUCCUGAAGCAACUUUGUAAGAUAUCCUUGACACAGAAAGCCAGUGAAAGCCCACCUGGGAAACUCCAACUCCCAUUGGCAUUGUGACACAGUACACAGUGGUCACUGCAAACAACAACCUUGCAUUUAUGCCUCACCCGUGCAAGGGGGCAGCCUCCAAUGACGCCGCAUGGGAGCAGUGCGGCAGGACACCAUACUCAGGGUACCUCAGUCAUGGAGGAGGAUGGGGGAGAGCACUGGAUAAUUACUCCCCCCACCAACUUGGUGGGUCAGGAGUCGAACCGGCAGCGUUUGGGCUACAUGCCAUGGAAAUAAUAGGCUAACAAUAAAAAUAUCAACUUUUAAAAAAAAAACUUAAUGGCAAAUGUGUUAUGCAAAAUGGCGGCCAUCUUGGAUU